AAUGUACUCCGGUAGUUGGAGUUCACUCUUCUGUAAACCUUGAUUAAAGACGCACGUAACCUCACCUGGCUGCAGCAAGUGAAUCGGAUCGCGAAUAUUCUGAACAGUGCAGUUUUCCGAGUGGAAAGUGGAGUGAUAACAAUUACCGCUGUGCAGUUUUGGUUUUAGUUCCUAGAAGUUGCAGAUUAGAUCACUAAAAAUGAAGUUGAGUUUUCUGUUCGAACUUUUGCUUAUUCUGAUCAUCAUCGCCUUUGCAGCUUCGAAACCCAUUGCAGAAGCUGAUGCCGAUCCUAUGAAAGUUGAUGACAAUGAAGUAGCGAAACAAUCAAAUACUGAUAACGCGGUGAAACCUUCAAAUGAUGACGACGAUGACGAUGUUUUCGGAUUCGGUGGAGAUGAUGAUGAUGACGACGAUGAUGAUGAUGACGACGAUGAUGAUGAUGAUGAUGAUGAUGCAGAUGAUGGUGAUGAUGAUAUUUUGGGACUGGAUGAUGAUGAUGAUGAUGAGAAGGACGAUGCAGCAAACAACGCUCCAUCCAGUGAUGAGGAAUUUGAUGAAUUCGUUGUUUUCGGAGAAGAUAUUUUAGCUGGUAUUUUCGAUGAUGAAGAGGAAGAUACCAAGAAAAAGACGAAUGUUACAUCGGUUCCAGUAGUUCAAGAUGUACCAGCAGCAAAUCCUGUAGUAUCAGAGAUUGUCGAGCAACCUGCGGUCGUCCAACAACCAUUGAGUGCUUCCGUUAUAACCGAAGUACCUGCUGUCAUGGCGGAAUCAAGUCCUAUGCCGGAAGUCGUAGCCGAGUCGCUACCUGAAGCCGAAAUAACAAACGAAAUCAAGGAUACUCAAAGUUUCGCUGGCAAUAUACCGCCUGCUGUUGCUAGCGUUCCCAUGGAAAUGAGCAAUGCAGAAAUGAAGCCGGAAGUUACCACUCCAACAUUAUCUGAUGACAGUGCUGAAGAUGAGGGUUUAAUUGUCGUUUCAGAUGACACGCAAAAGUUAGCUGCAUUAGAAGCUGCUAACGUUGUCAUUGCUGAGGCUCCAGUUGAAGAAAAUGAAAUAGAACCAAACGGUGAAAAAGACGCUGAAACUAUGGAGAAAGUCCCAGUCGUAGUAGUGAAUGUAAUGCCAGCAACUGUUUCAACUGCAGCUCCUGUAGUUUCGGCGGUUGUACACCAAGAUGCGGUUUCUGCUCCACCUCCAAAAGCCGCCACGACGAAAAAACCAAAAGCAGAGGAGGAUGACGAUCUUCUAGAAAUCGUGGGAGAACUAAUUUCAGAGGAAGACGAUGAUGACGAUGAAAGUGGCUUAAUUACUGCCUUGGCUAGUGACAGUGACGACGAGAAGGAGGAAACUGAAGCAAUUGCUGAAGAGGCUGAAAGCGAUGACGACGAUGAUGAUGAUGAAGAAGAAGAGGAAGAAGCUGACGAGGAUGAUAGUCCAACAAAUGCAGAAUUGAAUGCCAAGGCUAAGGAAGAUUUAUCUCAUAGUAAAAAAAAGAAACCUGCUGGCCUCAUGCAACGGCUUACGGGCAUGUUCUAGUGCAAAAUUAAGUCUAGGCUAAUAUGUCGAAGUAAUUUAUUUAUUUAUUUAUUGAAUAUUUAUUAAAUUGUUUUAUUUGCAAAUAACCGUACGACAGGAUUGAACAAGCGUGUUAAAAGUUAGUUUUAAAAGUGUAUGACGUGGAACGAAUAAUCGUCGUUUUGGGUCAUUACAGUCGACUGCAUUUGAAAUAUAAAUAGCUCUAUUUACAACAGAAA